CUUUCCCCCUCCCCGCGUGGGAACGGAGGCCAGGAUUUUCCCACGCGCGCGGCUGCGCUGCCUGCGGCGCCGCCUCGUCUGCAAAGCGGCCGGGCCUUGAUCCAGAAUGCCAAGCUUGCUGAAGAUGACAACGCAUCCCAUUCAUUCUGGGCUAGAUGGGCCAGACUCUCCUCGUGUCCACAGAGGCCCUGCUAUGGUCCCCAUUCCGAAUACGACACAGUUUUCCGUGGGGGAAAGCAGAUUCCUUAAAAGUUUUGUGGCUUCCUUUAACACUCUCUGCUCAUUCAGUGGAAGGAACUCAGAAGAAUAUAUAUUUCUCUUCAUAAGUACCUUGGGGAAUAGGUUAGGCAGAGAGAGACAGACUGCCGACUAGGCCAAGCUUCAUGGUUGAGCAGAGAGCUGGAGCCAAAUGUUCUCAACUGAAGUCUUCUACACCAAUCUUGAUUCUACUCGAGGGAAUGCAAGAUAAGAUGCAGGAAACCCUUUUGUCAGUCUCACAACCAGCCGAGUGAUCUUGGUGGAACAUCCCGGAUUGCCUCGUCUUAGCGGUGGAACGGAAACAGAAAUUAUGCAGCCGAUUCAGGACCCCAUGUCGUUCGAUGAGGUGGCUGUACAUUUCACCAGGGAUGAAUGGGUCCUCCUGGAUACAGACCAAAGAGACCUGUACAGAGAUGUCAUGCUGGAGAAUUAUGGGAAUCUGGCAUUUCUGGGCACUGGCAUAACAUUAGUCUCCUGCUGUGAAUCGUCUCCUCCUUGGGACAGAAGAGAAGCAGCUACUGUGCAUCCUGCCAAGAGACCAGCUACCUUUGAGGAGGUGUCCGUGCAUUUCACCAAGGAGGAGUGGGCUUUGCUGGAUCCGGGCCAAAGGGCCCUGUAUAUCGACGUCAUGGUGGAGAACUAUGGGAACGUGGCUUCGCUGGCUCCCAAGCCUGGCCUCAUCUCCUGGCUGGAAGAAGGGGAUGAUGCAUUUGCCCAGGAUCCAGCAGACGGAGAGGGAUCGGCCAGUAGCUGCUCAGUGUUCCUUUGGGCUGUGGAGCCAUGCUUGGAUCACUGUUUUCUUUUGAUGUCUUCAGGUGAAGGGCGGGAGAGUAAAGAGAACGGUGAAGAACAAAGAAUGAAAACUGAAGAAAAGUCAGCAUGGGAGAACAAAGGUACUGCUUCUGAAGUAGGUACUGAAUUGCUUGCAGUGCCAAUGCUAGAAGAAUGUUGUGAAGAAAGCAAAGAGAAUAUUCAGAAUAGAGAGACACUGUUGAUAUGCUCUGGCUGCGGAAAAAGCGUGACUCAGCAGAUCUAUCUUACUGAGCAUCACAUAGGAGAGAAAACCUAUAAAUGCUUGGAGAGUGAAAACCAGUUCAGUCAUAGCAUAAGUCUCACCUUAUAUCAAAGGGACCACAAAAGGGAGAAGACUUAUAAAUGUAUGGAGUGUGGGAAAAGUUUCCGCUGGAGCUCAAACCUUAAAAGGCAUCAAAGAAUCCACACAGGGGUGAAACCGUAUAAUUGUUUGGAAUGUGGAAGACAAUUCCAUUGCAAAUCAGAUCUUACCUCACAUCAGAGAAUCCACACAGGGGAGAAACCCUUUACCUGUUUGGUGUGCGGGAAGAGCUUCCCACAGAGCACAUACCUUAAGUCACAUGAAAGAAUUCACACAGGACAGAAGCCCUAUCAGUGUUCAGAAUGUGGAAAGAGCUUUGGUCGGAGACCAUACCUUAAAACACAUCAAAGGAUUCAUACAGGGGAGAAGCCAUAUAAAUGCUGUGAGUGUGGAAAACAGUUCAGUCGCAGGUCAGACCUGCGUUCACAUAAAAGAAUUCAUACUGGUGAAAAGCCAUAUAAAUGCUCAGAAUGUGGGAAAUGUUUCUGUCGAAGUACAGUCUUAAAAACACAUCAAAGAAUACACACGGCUGAGAAAACAUAUGUUGAUUCAGCAUGUGCAAAGCAAUUGGUUCACAGCCUAAGUCUCACCUUAUAUCAAAGAAACCUCACAUGGGCCAAGACUUAUAACUGUUCAGAGUGUGGAAAAAACUUCAACUGGCACUCAAACCUGAAAAGACAUCAAAUAAUUCACACAGGGGAGAAGCCCUAUAAAUGCUCUGAGUGUGGAAAGCAAUUCAGACGCAGCUCAGACCUUAAAUUGCAUCAAAGAAUUCACACAGGGGAGAAGCCCUUUAAAUGCCCAGUGUGUGGAAAGAGUUUUAGUGACAGUCGAAGGCUUAAAUGGCAUCACAUAAUUCACACGGGUGAGAAGCCUUUUAAAUGUUUAGAGUGUGGAAAGACAUUUUGUCACCGUCCAUACCUUAAAUCCCAUCAAAGAAUUCACACAGGGGAGAAACCCUAUACAUGUUCUGAAUGUGGAAAGAGUUUUAGUCAUACCAUAAGUUUUAAGUGGCAUCAGAGAAUUCAUACAGGUGAGAAGCCAUAUAAAUGCCUAGAAUGUGGAAAGAGUUUUAGUCACAGUAUAAGCCUUACCUUUCAUCAAAGAAUCCACACAGGAGAGAAACCAUAUAAAUGUUUAGAAUGUGGAAAAAGUUUCUGCUGGAGUUCAAACCUUAAAAGACAUCAAAUAAAUCAUAAAGAGGAGAAGCCCUAUAAAUGCUCUGAGUGUGGAAAGCAGUUCAGUUCUAAGUCAGAUCUUAAAUUGCAUCAAAGAAUACACACAGGGGAGAAGCCUUUUAAAUGUUUGGUGUGUGGAAAGGGUUUCUCUCAGAGCACAUACCUUAAGUCACAUCAAAGAAUUCACACAGGGCAGAGACCAUAUAAAUGCUCGGAGUGUAAAAAGAGUUUCAGUCACAGCUCACACUACAGUGCUCAUCAAAGAAUCCACACUGGGUUGAAGCCCUAUACAUGCUCAGUGUGUGGGAAAAGCUUCAGUCAGAGCUCACAUUUUAAUGCACAUCAAAGAAUUCACACAGGUGAAAAGCCGUAUAAAUGCUCAAUAUGUGGAAAAAGCUUCAGUCAGAGUACACACUUUAAAAGACAUCAAAGAAUUCACACAGGGGAGAAACCCUAUAAAUGUUCUGAGUGUGGAAGGCAAUUUAGUCGCAAGUCAGAUGUUCAGUCACAUCAGAGAAUUCAUACUGGUGAGAAGCCAUAUAAAUGUACAGAAUGUGGAAAAAGUUUUAAUCGCAACACAGAUCUUAAGUCCCAUCAACGAAUUCACACAGGAGAAAAGCCCUAUAAAUGCUUAGAGUGUGGACAAAGUUUCCGUCACAGUUCACAUUUUAAUACACACAAAAGAAUCCACACAGGAGAGGAGCCCUGUAAAUGUUUAGAGUGUGGGAAGAGCUUCAGUCGGAACACACAUCUUAAAAUGCAUCUAAGAAUCCACACAGGGGAGAAACCACAUAAAUGUUCUGAGUGUGGAAAGCAGUUCCGUCGUAUGUCGGAUCUUCAGUUACAUCAGAGAAUCCAUACUGGUGAGAGACCAUAUAAAUGCUCCGAGUGUGGAAAGAGCUUCAAUCAGAGUACACUCCUUAAAAGACAUCAGAGAAUUCACACAGGGGAGAAGCCCUAUAAAUGUUCAGAGUGUGGAAAGAAUUUCAGUGAUAGCAGAAUCCUUAAAGUGCAUCAAAGAAUCCACACAGGGGAGAAGCCCUACACAUGCUUAGAGUGUGGAAAGAGCUUCAGUCAAAGCGCACCACUUAAAAGGCAUCAAAGAAUUCAUACUGGUGAAAAGCCCUAUGGAUGUUCUGAGUGUGGAAAGAGCUUCAGUCACAGUGCACCCCUUAAACGACAUCAGAGAAUUCACACAGGGGAGAAGCCCUAUACAUGCUCUGAAUGUGGAAAAAGUUUUGGUCAUAGCACACACUUCAAAAUACAUCAAAGAAUUCACACAGGAGAGAAGCCCUAUACAUGUUCAGAGUGCGGAAAGAGUUUUAGCCACAGCACACACCUUAAAUCACAUCAAAGAAUUCACACAGGGGAGAAUCCAUACAAAUGCUUAGAGUGUGGAAUGAACUUCCGUCAUAGCAGAAGCCUUAAGUCUCAUCAACGCAUGCAUGCAGCGGAAGCAUGUAAAUCCUAGCAAUGAGGGAAACGUGGGAAGCUCCUCAAAUGUAACACGAGGCUGCUUCUAAGAGACUUAGAAGAAAACACAAAUAGUUGGGGAGGUGAACUCUCUUGCCCAACCAAACCUCAAUAAGCUACACAGAAUUCACACUACGUGAGUUCAUGCUGCCACAAGGAAGCUCAAGGCAUAUUUUUGUAAACCAAAUUGACUUCAUUACAAAAAUUAGCACUCCACCAGGUGGGGAAUUUUUGGUCAAACUCAUGCCUUAGCUUGUUUUGUUCGAUUUACUACGUUCAGUCAGUUUUUUGCAGUGACGCUUGUUUGGCUGCUUCUUCAGCUACUCUUUGUCAAGCAUCCCUCCUAAGCUGUUUGGAGGCAAGGCUGGCCCUCUUUGGCUCCAGCCUCCCAUGUGAAGGGAAACAGGAAGGGCAGCACCAUCUGCUUGAGGUUGGCUUCCCGUCCGUAUAAGUGUCUGAUUUCACUUGCUCGCUUUGCCAAAAGAGCUUUUUGCUUCACUUGUCCAAUUACAUGUCGCUUCCCUGCGUGAUCCACCUCUGAGCAAGUUGGAUGAGCUUGUGUGCAGAAUAAAUGAGGAGGACGUAAGUGGAGAAGGGUGUAGGUCUCACAACUACCGGUGGCUAAUAUCCAGCAGUGACAUUUCACAGACUCGGAGCUCUGCGACAUCUUCUUUCGGUCAACUCGGGAGUUGCCUGUUGCGCUUGGGCAACUAGUGCGAGGAGCUGCAUAAGCAUUUGUGAAAGAGGAAUUCACAGCCAGUUGCACAAGUGGGAACUUCAGGCACAGCUGCUUGUGCAACUGAGCUAGCACGAAUCCAGUGAGCUGGAUGUGUGUCAUGCAGAACAUGUUUUUCACCAGUGCCAUGUCAUUUAUCACCACGAAUCGGCCUGGCAUCCAUACAAAGAAGAUCAAGCGGUGUGCAUUGCAUUGUAGAUUUUGAGUUGUUUCCACAGCUCCUGUUCCCGACAAAACUUUCGUUCAAUUAUUUGUGGCUCUUGGGAAAAACCUUUGCAAUAUUUGUAUGAUGCAUCAGAUGUACUUUUUUCAAUUCUGUUGACUAAAUAUCUUACCUAGACAUAGAGAAAUAGGUCAGAUGUGAGCAAUGUGACCUUCCAGAAGCUUUGACCCAAAAUUCCCAUCAGUCUUCACUGCUGGUUCUGCUGGCUAGGGCUGAUGGGAGAGUUAGACCAAGCCAUCUGGAGGACCACAAGUUGCCCUGCUGACACAGGUACAUCCAAACUAAUUUUGUGUUUGAGUACUGAAAAAUCUAGAGAACAUCCCAGUACAAAACAGUUCUUGGAACCCUCAUCAUCCACACUUCUGUACAGUAAUGGACACCUUACAGAAUGAACAAGGACCUGUGAGUUAGACCAGCCCCUCCUCUCCCCCAAUUUCUUUCCUCUUCAUCCCUUUACAUGAGCCAUUAAUAUAUGGAAAAAUGUGUUCAGAAAUAGCUACCUGAGGGAAAGACACCCAAAUCCACUCAGGCUCCUAUUUUCUUGGGAUCUGCAUUUCCCCACCUCUCUGGGAGUCCUCCCUAAACCAGCAUGAUUUUGGAGAAUGGUUCUCCUUCGUUUUGAUGCUCCAGAAGGACACUGCCAGCCCUUUUCAACCCAUGGAAGCAGACCUGCCUGUGGUUCCAAGGGCUCAUCUUUGAUAGCUAAAGGAAUAUUUGUUCUUUUGUUCUUGUCCCCGUAGAACACAGCUCUGCCUGUGAGCUGCUCUUGUGGGUGAGUCUUGAUUGUAGGUUUUCCAUUAAACAAGCGCUAGCUAGUAAAUUGUGUGUGUGUGUAUUAAAAGUAGCCUCUCACUGGUGACCCUCUCUUUGUCUUACUUCCCUCUUAAAUAAAUGAGUGUUAAACAUGGA